AUGAAUAUGCGUAGGAUGUUUUUAGUUUAUCCGAAACGAGCUGCUAUGCUACUCGAUCGUAUAAUGGUCGCAUUACAUCACGCACUCGAAGACGAAGACACCAAAGAGAUUAAAAAAAUCAACGACUUGUAUCGCAAUGGUCAGUUACCGCUUCCACAACCCAAUAAUCCCAAUUUAACACCGAAAUAUUACAAAGGUAAAAGCGAAAGUGAUGCUUAUUAUGGAUAUAAAUUGAUUAACGGACAAACAGAUGACUCAGAAGACAUGGGAGGGAGAUCCACAGAAUUUGGUCUGAGAAGUGCUGAUUAUGAUCAGGAGAGUGGCGGAGAUAAUACGAUGGAUUUACAACGUCGUGGUCAUUCGGCGGGUCUUGGUACAAAUAAAAGUCGCGUUUACUGGCGAUGCUACUUCAAUGCUGUGACAUGCUUUUAAAGGACUUGAAAUUCCUAGACAGACAUUUUUGAAAAGUGAAAACUUUCUUUUCUUUUGAAUUGAGAUGUUAAUCAAAGAAAACUUGUAACUGGUUCAA